AUGGUAGGGAAUGGAAUUGUCAUCUGGUUCCUUGGCUUCCGCAUUAAGAGGAAUGCCUUCAGCAUCUACAUCUUGAACUUGGCGGCUGCUGACUUUGGCUAUCUUCUAUGCAUUGCAGUUGAAACAGUUCAAUAUUUAAUGCAGUUUAAUAUAGGAGUGCAGUUUGGAAUAUUCCUGUUCCUGGAUCUUUUCGUGUAUGGGACUGGCUUGUACCUCCUGACAACCAUCAGCAUUGAGAGGUGUCUGUCUGUCCUCUUUCCAGUCUGGUUCCGAUGCCACCGCCCAAAGCACUUGUCUUCCAUUAUGUCAGCCUUGCUGUGGGCCCUCUCCUUUCUAAUUUGUGGACUGGGGUACAUUUCCUGUAGUAUUGGUUUUGUACUGUCUUGUGUAAACAGCAGCCUUAACCCAGUCAUUUAUUUCUUAGUUGGGAGCUACAGGGAUCGCCGCUUCAGGGACACUCUGAAAGUUGCACUCCAGAAGGUCUUUGAGGAAGAGUUAGACUGCAGAGGUGAACAGGAAACCACUGAUGCAGAUCCUGAAAUGACACCAAUAUCCCAUUGUAACCCUGAUGCCACUGUAUCAGUGUGA